AUUUUAAAUGCUGGUAUGCACUAGAAAUACAAGUUAUUUUGCUUGGAAAUCAUUUAAUAAUUGGUAGAUGGAUUAAAAAGAAAGAUGUAUUUUAUGGAUGUUUACCGUCGCAAGCCUGCGGGGCAGCCCUUACGUAACUACGUCAUGACCGCUGGUACGAACGUCGUGUUGUGAGAGAUGGCGACCAGGAUGUCACACAUUACUUAUCCUUAGCGAUGUUUUUACUUACUCAUCUGUGGAAUAAUUAACCUUUUUUGAUUUCACAUUAACGUAAUAACCGGACACUAUGGAGGAACCGUGGGAUUUUGAGUUUCUGUCUCGUAUUGCUGACGGCUGCUUGUCGUUCCUCUCAGAAUUUGUGAACGACUGGCUCGCAAACGACAUGAGAGUCUGCAUAUUCAAAAUCUUACUCAGCUGGUUAAUAUUUAGUCUCAUCGCUAUUCACUUUGCGUGGAAAUUCUACGGGAAUACAGUGAACGACAUGUACUAUCGACAAGGGACUGGGCAGAACGGAGGCACACCUGAUACAGCCCCUCACCUGAGUGGAUGGGAAAGUAAAGUAGGAGAGACCCUGAAGACUCACCGAGAUUAACAGGACAAUGCUGUUGGAUUUCGGACCUGUUCGGAGUGAAAGUGGACAUUUUACAUUUCCUAUAGACUCAAGUUUUGCUGAUAAUGAAGCGUCUUCAGUGCAUUUAAGAUGCAGCCAACUUCUGUCAACUACCCAGAGGAUUAUCUGUUAUCACUGAAGUUGUCACACUUUUAUCCAUUACAUCAUUUUUUUAGUGCUGUGUUAUUUAAUUUGGCUGUUAGCGAACCACCAUCUGUAAAAAUGUGAAAAUAUGAUGGCCUUGUGUUCAGAUUAAGGGUGCUUCAAUAACAUAUUGGACAUACAAGUUCCACUCUGACCAUGAGCACCGUAUUUAAACUUGAUUUGUAUGUGCUAUGGCAAAAAAAUAAAGAAAGCAUGGACAAGA